GGCUUCCAGUGUCCCAACCAGACGUGAUUUCCCAGCUGGAGAGAGGGGAAGCCCUGUGGCUCCCAGAGGCAGAUGUCCCACGAUGCACUUUUCCAGCUUCCUUUACUCAAAAGAUAAGCUAUGAGACCAAGAAGUUAAUUCCAGAGAAGAGUAUUUCUAUGAGAGAGUCAACUAGGAAGAAAUUCACAAAGGAUGAUCCUUGGCAUCCCAAGUUAGAAGAAACUUGGGAUUGUGAUGUCAGGUUGGCCAGACCAAAGGGCAGUACAGAGAGACAGCAUUGUCGGUCAACAGGGACUCACAGAAAACCUUUUAAUGAGUUGAGUGUUCAUGAAUUUGGAGGAAAAUUCAACCUAGUGUCAGUUCUUCCACAACAGACAGGUCCAAUAAGGAAAAGUCUCCAUAAAUAUACAGUUGAAAAAAGCUUUGAACAGUUUUCAGGACUAAGUAAACAUUGUAAACUCUCCUUAGGGAAGACACUUUCUAAGUAUAAUAAGUGUAGGAAGCCCUUCAGUUACCAUUCAGACCUUAUUCAAUACCACCGAACACAUUCUGGAGAGAAACCUCUUAAAUGUAACGAAUGUGGGAAAGUCUUCAGCAACAAUUCAUGCCUUACUAUACAUCAGAGAAUUCAUACUGGAGAGAAACCUUUCAAAUGUAAUGAAUGUGGGAAAGCUUUUAACCAGAAAGGAAACCUGAAUACCCAUAAGAUAAUUCAUACUGGACUGAAACCUUUUGAGUGUAAUCAGUGCCAGAAAGCCUUUAGCAACAAUUCAUCCCUUAUUCUACAUCGAAGGAUUCAUACUGGUGAGAAGCCCUUUGAAUGUAAUGUGUGUAGAAAAGCUUUUAGCCGAAGGGGAUACCUUAAGCAACAUGAGCGAAUCCACACUGGAGAGAGGCCCUUUGAAUUGAAACCGUAUGUAUGUAAUGAAUGUGGAAAAGCUUUCAGCCAGCAGGAGUACCUUAAACAACAUAAAAGAAUCCACAAUGGGGAGAAGCCUUUUGAAUGUAAUGAAUGUGGCAAAGCCUUCAGUGACAAUCGCCAACUAACUCGGCAUCAAAGUAUCCGUACUCGAGAGAAGCCUUAUGCAUGUAAGAAAUGUGGGAAAGCCUUCAGUAAUAGUUCCUGCCUUAGUGAGCAUCAGAGAAAUCAUGCUCGAGGAAAACCCUAUAAAUGUAAUGAAUGUGAUAAAGACUUCCGGUACAACUCGUCUCUUGUACAACACCAGAGGAUUCACACUGGAGAGAAACCCUUUCAGUGUCAUGAAUGUGAGAAAGCUUUUAGCCAGCGAGGAGAUCUUAAUAAGCAUAGGAGAAUUCAUACUGGAGAGAAACCUUUCCAGUGUCAUGAAUGUGGGAAAGCCUUCAGUCAGAGAAAAUACUUGACUGAACAUCAGGAAAUUCAUUCUCAAGAGAAACCCUAUAAAUGUAAUGAAUGUGGGAAAGCUUUCAGCAGGAAGAAAUACCUUACCGAACAUCAAAGAUUUCAUACUGGAGAGAAAUCCUAUGUAUGUAGUGAAUGUGGGAAAGCUUUCAUUCAGAGGGGAGACCUGACAAAGCAUCAGAGAAUUCAUACUGGAGAGAAACCUUUUCAGUGUAGUGAAUGUGGAAAAGCUUUCAACCGGAGUGGAAACUUUAAGCAACAUCAGAGAAUUCAUACCGGAGAGAAGCCCUUUGAAUGUGAUGAAUGUGGAAAGAUGUUCAGGCAGAGGCAAAACUUUACCGCACACAAGAAAACUCACACAGCUGAAAAACCCAAUGAAAUAUUGUAAUCUGGGGAAAACCUUUAGCCUGAAGGAACAUUCUAAGAAUACCAGAGAAUUUAUGCACUACACAUGUAAUGAAUGUCAAAAGCAUUCAACAUGUGCUUAUCCUUAGAAAACAUAAAGGAAUUCAUAUUGAAGCAA